GGCUAAGCGCGGAUUUUAAAAGCAGGAAUAACCCUUUAGUACAUUAUCCAGUUAGUUUUGCAGUUAUGGUAAACAAUUUGACAUGGCAGCGUAACAUAUGUAAACAGUGUAUGUAUUAAGUGUAUUUGUGCAUGCUUUUUUUUUUUUACGCUAAUAGUGACGCAAUCAAACCGCGAUGUUUGUAACGUUAGCUAACGUUAACUACAACUUCACAGGUGAAGCAGCCUCCUGAAAAAUGUAAUUAAGUCCUGUAUGACGCACGGUUUGUAAGAUAAGCCUACUCUUUGGUGCACUCAGAUAGUUUCUCUCCGUAAUUUUAAACUCGCGUAGUUUCGGAGGUUACUGAUAAUACUAGCAAAACAAAGUUAGCCAACAAGCUAACAUGAACUAGUGGCACAAGGCGGCUGACUAACAGGCCAGCUAACGGCUUUAAUUACACAUCUGUGAUGGAGCAUAACUCGCCUUCUUCUUCAGUGGUGAGUGGUCUCACUCAAGAGUCUUUCCUCCAGAGGACUUUGGAGCAGCUAUCAUCUACACAGAGCCUGAAACUGACAACUGAGGAUGCAGCUCCUGUCGCUGUCAUCGCACUUCAGAGGUACCUAUCCGAGCAAACCGAGGGGCAGCAGCUCGACACCUACAGCUACGACGUGACGAUCACAGACGGAAUCUGGCGAGCCAAAUGCUUCCUCCACCCUAGUUUGAAUCAUCUGGUGCACAGAAACGUCCUGAGGACCGGGGCUGACAUCAGUAUCACGCAGUGCUCCUUUGUUUACAACGAGAGGAGGUUGGGACACGGCUACAUCUGCGUGGAAAAGCUCAGCUGUGUUGCAGAGAGGUCUGCUGUGUUGCCCCGUGUGAACACUGUCAGUUCACUGCCCAUGCUGGUCAAACAUGGCAUGGAGAGGAGCGUGGUGCUCCAAAGUGAUGUCCCCCUUCAGGUGAGCCGCAAACAUUACCUGUCACUGUGGAACAACGAUGACCCAGAGGGCGACAUCUGGAUGUCAGGGUCCCCCUCAGCUGAUACAGUGCUGGACGUGUCCAAGGUUACACUUCUUUCUAGUCUGGAGUCAUCCUUCAGAAGCACAUGGAAGCCCCUCCCUCUCCUGGUGAAAAUCAUACACAAAUCCAGGUUGAGAUAUUAUGGAAAGUUUGGCCUUAAGAUUGAUUACCCCUACCAGGCAUACUUUGAGGUUGCUGACCAGAGUGGCACAAUGUCCCUUGUGCUUUGGAAUGAACUUUGUCCCGAGUUUUACCAGAGACUGAAUGUUGGCACAGUGUUGUACCUUCAAAAUUACACCCUGAAGCAGAGUUAUUCAAACCGAUCACGCCCCCAAAUGGACCACCACAGACUGAAGAUUUUUAGUUCUGUAGAAAUCUGCCUGAACCCUCGCAACCCAGCUUCAGUCGUCACUGUGGUCUCACCAAAGAGCAUACUACCUCAGUGGGGACUGCCUGAUAUUUCCUACCAGUUCAUCACUCGGUCAGAGUUGGAGAAACUGGCCAGCAAUUCAGCGUGUGACGUAAUUGGUUUGGUAACAUUUGUUGGCCGUGUUGAAAGAGUGAAGAGUAAAUGGAAAGGUCCAGAAAAGUACUGGACGUAUCGCUGGGUCCACGCGGUGGAUGGAACUUCUGACCAUCCUUUUAUUUUGGAGCUUUUUUCCUCUUCUCAAGCAGAAAUCUUCAGUCGUAUUUGUCCAAUGACCUACCUGGUUUGCACUCAGAUGAGGGUUUGUCAUGUGGAUGGCUCGUUGCCGUACCUCACAAGCAGCUGUGAGACUGAGACAUUCAUCACAGGUUACCAUAAAGGUCAGCCAUAUGUGAGUGACCCCAGAGUGAAGAGCUUCAUCCAGUGGACCAAAACUCUGAAGGACAAUGUUGUCCUCCAGAAAACUGCUGUCGGUGGCUAUUACUGCUACCCUCGCCCCCCAAAGAUGUUUACUCAGUCUGUGGCAGAUGCCUCAGCUCAAGUUCCUCUAGUUGCUGCAGCUGAUUUGAAGAGAGAGUUAGAGACCCUGCAAUAUAGAGAACACAAGAAACUCGCCAUUCAAGGUCAGAUCACAGCAGUGCACUACAUGAAAAGGCCAAAAUCUACAGAGCCACAGGGACUAGAACACAAAGAGGUGCCCAGUGUUUCCACUGAUGUGUGUGAUCAAACUGCUCCAUACCCCAGUCAUUCCUCAGCAACAAAGCAGAAUUUUGUGGAGAGUUUAUCAUCUCACUGUACUGACAGUAGCUCAGAGAGCAGAAGGAAAAGAAGAAUUCAAAUGAGUGAAGCCACACAAUCCUUCUUGAAUCGCAGUAACAUUCCAGCUAAAAGGAGUUCCAGAUAUAAAAAUAUAGAGGAAGGAGGAGAGCAGGUGGAAGCAGAGAGCAGCUCUGCAUUUGAGGAAGUUCAACAAGUGGUACAGAGUACGAGACCUGAAAAUCCAAGUCAAGACUCUAAUGCUUUAUCAUGGGAAAGCAGCAGCUGGCCGAAGCAACGACAAGAAGUGUCUGAGCAUUUAUGUAAAGGUGGCGUGUGGCAGGACAGCAUCUCACGGAGGUUCACGCUCGAUGAGAAGAACGUCCUCUUGCAGUGGAGUAACCUUCAGCCAACACGGUGGACACCAGAGCAAACAGCUGACACUCUCCCUCCUGUGCUUUGUCCAGGAUACUACCAAGUAACAAUAUUAGGCAUUAACAAGCAGAUAGCUGUUGAUGCUGCAUAUAUUCCUGUUGUAAGCUCCAGCGAGCCACAGGCUGUAGGCCUUCCUCAGGAUUCACAUGGCAACACAAUGCUGUCCUGCCUUUCAUCUGGUUUCCUCUGUCCUCUCAGAAACACAGCCAGCAACAGUGAAGAGACUCUUUCCGGGCCAGAGGAGAUCUUGGCAACUGCCAGCGAGCUUGAGGACACACAUGUUGUGUGCAUCUUGGACUUUUGUCAUCUGGGUGGAGAUAAGGUGGAAGUCCUGAUCAGCAAGGUGUACAGAGUAGCAGAGGUAUCUCUUGACUAGAAGGUACACAAGAGCAAGCGUUUCAUGUAAAUAUCAGCAGUAAUCAUGUUAUUUAAGAUAGAAGGAGCAAAGGAAACCAAUUCCCUGAUUACCUGUUGUGUGUACAGUAAAUGUAAAAUAACUUGUAAAGUUUUGCUUGAAUCAUUUGAUGUUUAUAUUUUUAUUAUUAAAAUGUUUUCACAGGGAACACAAGCCCAACUUUAUGGUGUGAAAAUGAAAAUGUGUUUGUUGUUUUUGUUUUGUUUGGGUUUUUUGCACUGAGAACACACCGCUGAGAAACAUUCCUCCUCAUAAAUAACUAAGUAAAACUCAGAAUAGCAUAUGUAUGUUUAAAAAUAUUUAUUUUUGAAAUAUUUCACAAUAUUCAGGUUGAUUUUUUUUUUUUAUAAAUAUUUCAGUAUCAUUAUUAAUAUCAAGAUAUUUUAGAAUGUAAACUUAAUUUGUUAAUUUCUUUUAAAACAAUGUUAACGUGUUUUAAAGCUUAUUUUGAUGGUAAAUACAAAAAGAAAACAAGCCGUACAAGUGACUGUGCAACACCAACUCGAACACAAAAUAAGCCUCACCUCCUCUAAUAAGACACUUCAUUAUCUGUUACAAAAUUACUUUAAUUUUAAAAUCAUGUAACAUACAUAUGUAAUCUAUUAGACAUAUAAAAUAAACAACUAUG